GGCCAUCACUGAACUUCCCAAGACCAGAGCCGCACCCGCAAUUGCGCUGUCCAUUCCAUGAUGUUACGGUGGUGACCGCUCAGCACGUACGUGAUACAAUCGCCCGGACUAGAAAGAUGGACGACCUAAGCGGCCUGGACUGGAGUUCCAGCAAUGACAACAGUUACAAACCUGCUGCACAAGCGGCGAAACCACCCUUCGCGUAUCCCUCGAUACAGCCAACGCCAUCUCCCUCUAUUUCUGGACGAUCAACACCACUCACUUUCAACAAUUCGCAGCAGAAUACGGGAAUUCAAGGGAAGGUGUUGAGGCCAGGCUCCUCCAGACCCACGACGACAGUGAACGAUAGCUUCGCGAAUCUGCUUAAGCCCUCAGCAAGCAAGGCGCAGAACACGCUUUCGCUACAGGAGCGACAACGGCAGUUACAAGAAGAGAAGGCUCGGCAGGAGGAAGAGCGGAGAAAGAACCUAGAGGCGCAAUAUGGCAGCCAAAGCGCGUUUUGGGAUGAGCUGGGUGGUGAACGUAGAGCCACCACUGCUUCUCCUCCAACGAACGCGCGACUGUCGCACACCAUCAAUAAGCCGUUUGAGGGCAUACCUCUAGCCUCCCAAACUAGCAAUAGAAAAGACGAUGAAGAAGAUCUGCUCGCGGCAUUCAAUUCGUCAGCCCCGGUUGAUGCUUCGAGCCAUUUUCCACCGCCUCAAACCAUGAACAGUGGCUGGGGCACUCCAGGAGACAGUAAGAGCAGGAGCCCACCCCCACUUCAGUCCUCAAACAACAGUGGAUUUGAUUUCGUUGACGACGAUGAUCCAUUUGGCUUGAAUGAAGUGAAGCAGAAGAGCAAUACAUCCGCACCUCCUCCACCAACAACUAACGAUGAUGACGACAUAUUGGGCAUGCUAGGUAAACCCGUUUCUGAAUUGCCCAAGCCAAAGACUGAACCGGCGCCGGAGACAAAAUCACUAUCUCCCUCUCCACCGGCACAGGACUCCGACAUGAGCUCGCAUCCACAGGCGAAGGCUGUGUCAGAACUAGUAGACAUGGGUUUCCCCGCUGGUAAAGCUGCCAAUGCUCUCGCUCAGACUGACACAGGUACGAAUGUACAAGCAGCUGUGUCCAUUCUGCUCAACCAAGCACACGAAGAAGCUCGACUGAAAGCACGGGGGAGACAGGAAACCAGUGAUCGUCCUGGCGGAGAGGGCGAGAGAAGUCGCAGGCCACAACGAGAAGGUAGAAUAGACUCUUCAAUGCCUUCUUGGACGCGUGAAGAACCGGAACGGGAGCGUUCGGGAUCACGACCCGGACUUGGCAACGGGAGUUCUGGUGACAAGGACUUCGCAAAGCAGGCCCAGGCGAUUGGCACAAGUCUGUUUAAGUCGGCCAAUUCGUUGUGGAAGCAGGGACAAAGGCAAGUGCAAAAAGCCAUGGCUGAGUUUCAACAAGAUGCCGAUCCUAGCCAGCCAAGGUGGAUGCGCGAAGCCCACUUACAGGAGGCUGCUACACAACGAAGGUCUACCCCUGAGCAACGGCCUACGAACGGAAAGGCUCCAAUUGAGCAGUCUUUAACGAAUGAAGCGAUGCUCCUUGAAAGUCGUGGUCCGCCCCCAAAGCCACCACGCUCAGCACCGCGGUCGGCAGAGAUAUCACGGGCUUCAACACCUGCAUCAGCAAGCUCGGGCCAAUGGAAUGAUAUCCCUGACGAUAUGCUUAGUGCGCCUAGGUCUCGAGGAACUUCAAGACAGCCCACACCAAAUCGAUCGGCGCAGCGUCUGACACGUCAAGAUGUAGAGGAGUAUGCGGGACAAGUCGUAGUAAGCUCGAGAAGGCGAAGACCUACUCCACAGCCUGCAACUGCAACACCACCUCCAUCAAAUGCCUCCCCUGCCCCAUUAGCAUCACCACCAACUCAAUCCCCAAAUCCAUUCAACACCUCGAAACCUGCCACUCCAGCGACUUCAAAGCCACCGACACCACUGCCCUCUCGACCGAAGGCACCACCGAGAACUAUACCACCGGUCUCCUCACUUGCACUACAAAAUUCUUCGAAGCAACGAGCCAGCGGCGGCGAAGCCUUCAAGCGUGGUGACUACGCAGCAGCACAUGAGCAUUACACAUCUGCUCUGCAAGGCAUCCCCCACACUCACCCCAUUGCCAUCGUCAUAUUUUGCAAUCGGGCGUUAACGAGCAUAAAGAAUGGGGACCCUCGAGGUGCCGUUUCAGAUGCUGAUUCAGCACUAAACACGAUUGGCGUCUCCCGAGGUGAAGGUGAGAAGAUAGCACUGGGAGGCGAUGAGGGUGAAAAAGACAUGAAGGAGUUCUACGGUAAGGCGCUUACGCGUAAGGCUGAAGCACUUGAGCAUAUGGAGAAAUGGUCUGAAGCCGCAAAAGUAUGGCGUGAGGCCGUCUCAGCUGGCAUAGGUGGUGCUGUGUCAAUUCAAGGGCGCAAUCGUUGCGAGAAAGCAGCUGGUGGUGCCUCGGCGAACUCAGCGCGCUCAACGCCAACACCUCAAUCAGCAACUCGCAAACCGCCACCAGCUCGCAAGCCUGCCUCUACACUUUCGGCACUCCAAGGUUCCGAGGAAGUCUCCUCGGAGGCCGUCCAACGCAUGCGCGCCGCCAAUGCUGCGGCGGAACAGGCAGACGAUGAGAAAUUUGCGCUGACAGACAAAGUGGAUGCCAUGCUGUUAGCUUGGAAGGGGACCAAAGCGGACAACCUUCGUGCUCUACUUGGCAGUUUAGAUAAAGUCCUCUGGCCAGAAGCUGGAUGGAACAAAGUCGGGAUGCAGGACUUGGUUAUGCCCAAUAGGGUGAAGAUCGUGUAUAUGAAAGCAAUUGCCAAGGUGCAUCCCGAUAAGAUUCCAACGACAGCGACAACGGAGCAGAAGAUGAUCAGUGCAGCUGUAUUCGCAACGCUGAAUGAGGCCUGGGAUAAAUUCAAGAAAGAUAAUGGUUUGUAGACCAGAACAAGCGAUGAAAUUAUUUCAUGGAUUGAGC